AUGGUUAUGACAACUUUCAAAGUUAAUUUGUUGCUGGUAGUCCUUCUCUUCGAAGGUGUUGGCACUGGUAUCAUCUUUAAGUAGCAGCAAAGAAGUGUUGUAAAUGGAGUUCAGUUUAAUCACCCGUUUAUGCAGACGAUGCUCAUGUUUAUAGGUGAAGCUCUUUGCUAUUUAAUUUAUCGUUUGCAAAAAAAAUACUAAGCAGCUGACUUUGAACAUGAAUUAAAAAUAGCUAAAGAAAAGGGUCUCAAUCUUAAUCCAAGUAAGUGGAUUUUCUGCAUUCCUACACUUUGUGAUUUCACUGCCUCUACAAUUCAAUUUUUUGCUAUGUCUUAAAUGCCUCUAUCAAUUUAUUAUAUGAUCAGAGGUGGUAACAUAGUCAUUACUGCUGUUUUCUCUGUUAUUUUUUUGAAGAAAUAGCUAUUUAGGUAGCAUGUCUUAGGUCUCUUUUUGGCUGUCUCUGGUUUUAUCACUAUCGGUAUCACUUCUAUUUUAGUUAGCUAAGAUGGUCUUGAUCCUAACUAAUUACUACUUGGUAUUAUUUUGCUUGUCAUUUCCUUCUUCUUCUCAUCAGGAUAAUCUGUAUUGGAAGAAAAGCUUUUCAAAACCAUUUACUUGCAUCCAAACUAAUUGGUAGGUUAUGAAGGAUCUGUUGGAAUCAUAAUUACUUGGAUAGCAUUGAAUAUUUUCUCUUAUAUACCUUGCCCUUAAUCCAUGGCUGAUGACUGUCCCAACGGUAUGAUGGAAGACGUUCCAUAAUUCUUCAAAACUGUCUUCACUUUUGAAGGACCUUAUUAACCAACACUCUUCUUUAUGAUUAUUCUAGGUAUAAUUGCUAUUGCUAUCUUAAAUGGUCUCGCUUUUUAUGCCACUAAAUAUGCAUCAGCUCUAUCAAGAUCUAUGAUUUCUCAAGUUUCUCCUUUUGUUGUUUGGAUGUUCACAAUCGCUAUUGGCUGGGAUAAGUUUAGAGUUGGGUAAUUCUGUGGUUACAUAAUAGUUGUCUUUGGCUGUCUAAUUUAUUACGAAGUUAUAGUUAUUCCUUUCUUUGGAUUUAACCGUAACUUAAAAGCCAAUUUCCAUAAUUUAGCUCACCAUGUGGCCUCUACUGCUGAAGUUAAACCUGCUGCUGAAGUAGACUAAGAAAUUGCCCUUAAUCAAGUAGUCCCUUCAAUAUAAAAUUAAAACUCUGAAUAGCCUAUGAAUACUGCUGCUGCUAGUUGA